ACAUCCACAAGGCCACCUUUAAAAAAAAUGCAACUUCGAUGUCAACUCAUGGGAGACUAUUGCCCAGGACUGCCCCAAAUGGAGGCAGAGUCUGCCGCAGGAAUCUCAGUACUUUGAAACCUCACAACAACAACAGGAGAUGGAAAAGCAGGUGUGGCAGAAACAGCAUGUGGCAGACUGAAUCAAGAACCUAGCGCCACCCGCCCCACAGAAACAGAGCUGCAGUAGUCACCAGUCCAUCUCCGAGACGCCUCAUCAGCCAUCUUCGGACAUACGGAUGAGACAAGCGUGGAAGAUGAUCAUCCUCGACUGAGGGAUCCUGGAAGAAGCACUCUGCCCUGAAGUCUGCAGCCUAUAGGCACACCAUUUAUAUCCGUGGGAUACAGUGAUGAAGAUGACUUUGCUGCCAUACCCCACCGCUGUGCUCUUCCUAGUGGCUGCUCUCAAUCUGGAGCUUUGCUGUAGUGCCAAGGUGCUGAUGAUGCCCACCGUCAUCUUUGACAGCCAUCUACGUGUUUUCAUGCGGGUGGCAGAAGCACUGAGUGAUCAGGGUCAUGACCCUGUGCUACUUCUGCAUGAAGGCCGGGAGAUGGACUCCUUCCUGCCAGGCUUCAGAAUUCAAAAGUACAAGGGGACCUUCAGCACAGAGAGUGCAGAUGCCUGGAUGCAGGAGGAGAUAAAGCAUAUCUUCCAGGGGAAGAUGAUUUCCCUGCAGAUUUUCUCAGUCCUGGAGAAGUAUGUGGACAACUGUGAUCUAGUGUUGGGGAAUGCUGCCCUCCUGCAGCAUCUUCGCAGUGAGGACUUUGACUUGUUCCUGGUAGACCCCAAUGAGAUGUGUGGCUUCAUUCUGGCCCACUUCCUUGGUGUUAAAUAUGUUGUGCUCUCAACUGGUUUCUGGUUCCCAGCAGAAAUUGGUGCCACUUCACCGAUUGCCUAUGUCCCCGAGUUCAACUCCCUGAUGACAGACCGGAUGGGGCUAGUUGGCAGGACUUGGAAUCUCCUGGUCUAUCUGAUCAUCCGUAUAGCCACUGAACUGGUCAUCCUUCCCAAGUUUGAGAACCUCAUGCAGAAGCAUGGGGUGGAGCCACAGAGGUCCAUGCUGGACCUUAUCCAUGGGUCCAGUCUCUUCUUCCUGUGUAAUGAUGUGGUGCUGGACUUUCCCCGGCCCACACUCCCCCAUGUCAUUUUCACCGGGGGAAUACUGGCCGAGCCUGCAAAGCCCCUUCCAGUGCAGGGCUUGCGUCUUUGGGUGGAAGCUGCAGAUGCAGGUGUCGUUGUUGUCUCCUUCGGCAUUGGGAUCCGCGCGCUCCCAAGCGACAUGGUGGACAAGAUGACUGGGGCGUUUGCCCGCCUUCCUCAGAGGGUCGUUUGGAGGUACUUUGGCCCAAAGCCUGCUCACCUGGGCGAGAAUACGCUGAUGAUGGAGUGGCUGCCCCAGAAUGACCUGCUGGGUCACCCCAACGUGAAAGCCUUUGUCAGCCACUGUGGGAUGAAUGGCAUUUUUGAGGCAAUUUAUCAUGGAGUCCCAGUGGUGGGGUUCCCUUUCUAUGGGGAUCAAUUUGACAUCAUGACGAGAGUUCAGGCAAAGGGCAUGGGGAUUCUCAUGGACUGGAGCCGAUUCACUGAAGACGACCUCUACCAAGCCGUAGUCACAGUUAUCUCUGAUCCCAGCUACCAUAAAGCAGCCAAGUUGAUCUCAGCUCUGCAUCUAGACACGCCCAUGCAUGCUCUGAAUCGUACGGUGUACUGGCUGGAGUACCUCCUCCGUCACGAUGGGGCACCAUACCUUCGCCCAGCUGUCUACGACCUCUCCUUCUAUGAGUACUACUGCCUUGACGUCUUGGCUCUUUUUCUCCUGUGUCUGGUUGGGGCAGCCUUUGCCCUGUACAAAGUCAUUGUGUGGUACGUGGGAAAGGGCAUCAGACCCAUGCAUCUGAAUGGCCACUGUCCAAAUGGCCACUUGGUGGAAGAGAAAAAGUUGAAGUAGGGCCUUCUCAGGUGCAUCCCCUCCAGCAAGGCAGACUUCAGUGCAAAGGUUCACUUUGCAAGCAUGCAUGGAGAGACUGAAGAGUUUUUGGCCUGGCUGCUGUUUUGAUGGUUGCAUAGCAGAGGUCUGUGUGCAGGCCUUUGUGUACAGAACAUGCGGGUGGGGAUGUGGAUUCUGAGGUGGGUAUAUAACUGGUUGAUCUGGUUGCUGUUGUGACCUGAAAGGUGGGAGAGCAUUGCAGAAGCCUAUAUGCACACCUCGGUGUACAGCAAAUGUGGGUAGGGCCAUAAAUUCAGGUGUGGGUGGAUGUAUUUGGCCAGGACUGUGGGAAAGGGGAAUGAGUGGGUGGACCUCUGGGGAGAAGCAAGCGAUUGCUUCCUUUUUAUAUAUGCUGGUUUUGAUGCUGGCAUUAAACUGGAAGGUUAUAUCAGGACCUGCCAUGAGGUACAGAAGGCAGGUCCUGAUAUAACAGGGAUAGGGCCUUGUCUGGGCUGGUUACCACUUAUCCCCAACCUCAUUAACCAGUAUCCUGAGGCUUGGGACACUGUAUUCAGGUGAAGAGCCCAAGGUGGAGCUGUGGAAGGGGUAGGAAAAUGGCACCAAAAUGUUUUUUUUUUAAAACUCAAUCUCGGUUUUAAAUUUCUUGGGCAGACAUUCUUCCUGCUUCCCUCAACGGGCUGUGCUCUGUUCUUUGUGCUAAUUUAUUUAUUUUUAAUAAAAUUUAUUCUUUCUCCUCA